CAAUUAAAAUUUCAUUUUUAUAUGCAAUCAUAAAUUCGAUCCUUGCGGCAAUUAUUACAGCACUUUAUAUGACAACAAAUAUCAACCUUUCAUUUAAACAAGACUUUAUUACCCUUAUUAGUUUUAUCGUAUCUCUCUUGAUCUCUGCUAGGACUUCUAAUGCGUAUAAUAGAUACUUGGAAGGACAAAAUUUAUGGGCAAAUUUAAAACUUACAGCCUUAAACAUGGCAAGAUUCAUUCGAAUAAGCAUUGAUGAUGCUAAACAAAGAGAAAGCUUUAUAACCCUUUUAAUAUGUUUCAUAAUCACUAUUAAAGAUUACCUUCAAUAUGACUCUAUUGAGCGUAGAAAGAAUAAAGUUGGCAAGAAUAAUGAUAUUAUUCAAACGAAUGGAAUGAGAAACAUAAUAGAUCAUGUUAAUAAGAUUGAUGAGACGGAAAAUAAUGAGGAAGGUCUUCAAUGUUUGUCAGGCUUAGAAAGGAUUGAUAGUUCUCCAAUGCCUUUUGCAUAUUCUACACUUCUCUCCGUAACGACUUGGAUUUUCAGUUUGAGUCUUUCGUUUCAAAUAGUUUCUGAUCUCCAAUGGUUAACAGUUCCUAUAAUAUUUUUGUCUACUCUCUUCUUAUUUGGAGUUAUUGAGAUCGCAAAAGAAAUUGAAAAUCCGUUUGGCAUAGAUGCCAGUGAUCUGACACUUGAAGAAUUUUGUGAAGAGAUUUGGGAUGACGCAAAAUUCAUGAUGGACAUUGAAGAUAUGGACAUAAAUAAUGUCUGCAUUGAGGAAUUAGAAUGUAUCAAGAAAGUUAAAGAAUUAGAAUGUAUCAAGAAAGUUAAAGAACGCAGAGAAAUACCUGAUGAUAAAAACGUAUAA